AUGUCUAUGAAUUGGUUGGACAUAAUCCCUGUUCGCAAAAUUGUUCACUGUGGAACAAAGGCUCAACAAGAUGCCUUCAAAAAAGAAUACGAAACGUUGCAAGAAAUGGAACAUCCAAAUAUUGUGGAAUUUCUUCGGACUGAACAACUUGAUGAUGACCGAUUUGGAAUUGUUAUGGAAUAUUGUCGAUUGGGAGAUUUGAAAAAAGUAAUCCUUGAUUCAUCCGUUAUCUACACAAUGAACACAGUUGUCUGUUGGGGAGAACAAUUAUUUGGAGCUGUUGAUUAUAUUCCGCCACAAUUGGAUGAAACGCAAGAUCCAUGGGAACAACGGAAAACUCAACAAGAUUCCCAUCGAAAUGACGUGUACAGUCUUGGGCUCACAAUGUGGGAAAUCAUUGAGAGAAGGAAUGUAUUCUCUGAAUAUGGAAAUCGUUGUUUCGAUCGUAAUGGCUUUUUGGAUGACAUUAUUCUGAAAAGAUUCAAAGAAUUGAGCAGGCCCGAAUGUCAAGAUAAACUGGGGGAAAUUGUUCAAAAAUGCACAAACUUCAAUCGUUCAUUACGGCCAAAUGCUCAAGAAGUUGUCAAGAGUUUGGAAAAUUUCAGAAAGGUGCAGAAGUUGAACAAGAAAGCCGUUUUUCCCAAAUCCUCACAAACUGCCCGUGGAAGAGGGACAAAGUGGGUUUUC